CACAGAUCACAGUAAACCCAAGGCUGUGGUCUGUGGCUGCGUGACCUUGACGUACAGAACACUACAGGAGUUUUGCGUGUGUCAGUGUUGCCAGCCAAGACCACCAGUGUUACCAGAUGAAAGGGAGAUGCCUAGAGAGACGCUAAGUGGAUGAAAAGUCUCCUCCACCUUCUCCCCCAUUGCUCCAUCCACACUCGCCCUGCCACGACCCUCCACCGACCACCAGGAGGGAACAUGAGUCGUCCAGGUCGUCUUAACAAGGCGCUGAGUUGACGUGAGUGGGCAGAGGAAGAAGAAGUAGAAGAAGAGGAAGAGGAAGAGGAGGAGAGGGAAGGAAGAUCUGAGCUGCGGAUAAGGAAUUUGUCACAGCAUUGAGGGAUGUGAAGAAAGCAGUGGAUGACAUACACCGGGAAGUGAGUGCCACGAAUGAAGUGUGUGUGGACGUGAAGUCUCGACUCCAGGCCACAAAAUCAGAGACUCGGCACCUCAUCCACCAGACGACCUCACUCCAGAACCGGAGCAACAAGCUACACAUGCAGGAGACAGUGGCUGAGGCAUUUGUGAGGUGCUUCCAAUUGACACCAGAUGAGGUAGCCACCAUCAAGGGGUCCACCAGAGAGUCUCCCAUCACCCCAGAGUUCUUUACCAUCCUGGACAAGACACAGAAGAUACGCAGCAACACCAAGUACCUCCUGCAGACGGGCCACCAAAACACUGCCUUGGAUGUGAUGGAGCAAAUGAAUGUGUGCCGUGAAGCAGGUCUGGAGAGGCUGUACCGCUGGUGUCAGGGGCAGUGUUGCUCCCCAGACCCCUCACCUUUGCUCACACAAGCCUUAGCAGCUCUGCAGGAGAGACCAGUGCUUUUCAACCUGGUGGUGGAGGAGUGGGUGGUGGUAGUGAGAUGAGGAUGGCUGGUGAGGGGCUUCCUGGAUGCUCUCACCAUAGGAGGACCUGGAGGAGCACCACGACCCAUACAGCUGCAGGCACAUGACCCCCCCCUGCGCUAUGUGGGGGACAUGCUGGCAUGGGUGCAUCAGGCCCUCUCUUCUGAACGUGAGGCGGCCCAAUCACUUUUUGCCAAGUGGUCCAAUCUAGACCCAACAGAGCAGACAAGGAGUGCUGUGGCCAGCGUAUCGGAGAGUGUUUGCCGUCCUCUCAGAACCAGAAUUGAGCAGACGAUUGUGACAGACCAGCGUCGGGAGGGAGGCAAGAAACCCGUCAUGUUGUACAAGAUAAGCAACCUCCUCAGAUUCUAUCACAACACUGUUUUGCAGGUGACUGAUGCAGGACUGCUGGUGGCCACUCUUGAUGAACUCCACCAGCUAAGCUACAAGAUGUUUUUAUAUCAGCACUGCAGAGUCAAGUGAGCCACGUGAGUGAGUGAGAGGAUAGAGCCGCCAGGAGAGACACUGGCACCCACACCUGGAGUGGCACGCACCCUGAGUCUGCUCACUGAGGUGGUUACUGCCACCACUGUGGCUGACGACGCACACCAUGAUUGUAAGCAGAUUGUGAGUUGUGUGGUGGAUCCUCUGAUGAAUGCGAUAAGUGAGAGUGCAACUGGACUGGGUGCAGUGGAGUCUUCUGUGUAUCUGCUCAACUGCUUCCACCAGCUGCACACCACUGGGGAUAAACUAGAGAUGAUCCAGGGACAGAUUGAUGCCCAGCUGGACACACUGAGCCAGGAGCAGAUCAAUGGGGUGUGUGUGUCAUAGCAUGGGAGUGGCCACCAUGUACCCACUGAUCACCAACCCUCCCACCACACCUCUCUCCCAGCACCCAUCGUGUCAGCCUUUGGCCAUACAGGCAUUCAUGACCAAGCUGGAUGGGUUCCUGGCUGCCCCUGACCAUCUCAUGCUGCCCCACACCAGGCUGCUGCUCUCCUCUUCCUUCAGACGGUCCCUGCAACAGCGCACAGCAGAGGCAGUGUGCACAGUUUACAAGCAGCUGCAUGAUAUAGUCCAUAACCCAACCCAUGGCUACACAGACCCCAGUUCCCUCCUGCCCAGUGACCCUGAGACUGUGAAAACCCUCCUCUCCUAGCAGGAAUGCUCUUGUCUGGGUCACUGUCGUUGAUUUGUUGAAGGUUUUGUCCUGUUAGCGGCACAACCAGCAUGCCUGACUCGACCACUUUGCCGAAAGCCACCAGAAGAUUGUGUGAGCAUGGUGGUGGUGAUGCCAGACCUGCUGCCACUGUCAAGAAUGGUGAAACUAAAGAAAAAUCAAUUAAAUCUCAGAAUCUGGAAACCCAGAUAGAAGACCAUAAGCCACUUCAGGGGACAGAGGGAAAGAAGACUGGAGAGUCUGACUCACAUGUCUUAAAACAUGAGUCCAGUGUAAAAGAGAAAGCUGCUGCAGAGAAACAAGACAAGAAGACAUCUAGCCACAAGAAACUACAUGAUCUUUCAUCUUUGGCUAGUACUGACUCCACAUUCCUGUGGAGCCUCAAGUGCAGCCGUCACGUCCCAAAGCUCGGAAGAAGACCAAAACUGCAGGAAAAGGCAAAUUAUCCCCGGUAUCAGAGCCUGACCUUGAACCUGAGCUUGUUUUAGCAACCAAAGAAGUGGCUAAAAGUCUUGGUGGGGAUGUGAAGGAAACUGAGUCUGAGCUUCUGUCCACCUUGCGCCUCCACUCUUCAGAGACUACCACUGGCACUGCCCCAUCUCUCAGUGAAAUUGUUUGUGGGCAUGAAGGUGGAGAGAAAGCCACAAUCAGGGAUGGAGGAAGUGCCACGUCACCUUCCUUCUGGUACCGAGGUCAGGCAAGGGUACCACAUUGACCCGAAAGACCAGCCCCGAGUGUGCCCAGGGCUCAUGUUGAUCUCUUUGGAGGUCAACCUUUGGGGAUAUUUAAGAAAAGGGAAGAAGAUCCCCAUGGACCUGCUGCUCCAAUAUCAGUGUUGCCCACAUGGGAGAGAUUGUACCUACAUGAGCUGGAGCAGAGUAUGCAGCAUCCUCCUAGUAAUGCCUUUGUGGAGAUGAUACAGUGGACUAAGCAAGGCAAGCUGUGGACCUUCCCCAUUGAUAAUGAAGCAGGUUUGGUGGAGGAAAUGAAAGUGGGAUUCCAUGAGCAUGUCUUCCUUGAGAGACACUUGGAAGGAUGGUGCCCAAAACGUGGCCCCAUCAGACACUUCAUGGAGCUGGUUUGCACUGGACUCUCAAAGAAUCCUCAUCUAACUGUGGAGCGAAAACAAGCACAUGUUGAAUGGUACAAGAACUACUUCAACCAAAAAGAGAAGUUGCUUAAACAACCACCACCAUCACCUCUUUCUCCUCCUGAUUUCCACAUUCAUGACAGCAACUGUUCUCGUGAUUUUAUUUAGUCACAUUUUUCUUUCCUUCGCACACUCACUUUCAAAACCGCGUCAUAUUCCACUUUCCCAAAUUGAGACUCCUCGCCUGCCCACCUGCCUCGGUGAGUGAUGCGGGAAACGUGCAAUUUACUUAAUCCAAGCCAAUCUGAACCAGCUUGUUUUUGGCCAAGUGACUCCAACUUCCUAGAAUUUGCUAUAUUUUUGUUCCCCGUGUGUGUAUGUGUGUGUGUGUGUGUGUGUGUGUGUGUGUGUGUAUUUAUCUAUCUAUCAGUUUAGUUCCUUCGUAGUAAGAAGUCUUCAGGUUACAUUUUUUGCCCACAUACAACACCCAGGAAUAUGGAUGGCUGUGGCUUUUGUGCGAGGUGGAUAUAUUCAUACUUGGAAGGUUACGUCCCAGACAACCGAAGGUGCGAACAAGAUUACAUAAUGCGUAUUGAAGUCUCAAGUUUUACAUUUGCUGAUGUCUAGGUUUGUCGUUCGCCUUGUAGUAGUACAUAUAUUCUCCUCGUGUUUACAGCAUUCACCUCAGUUCAGCUCAGUCCAGCCCUUGCUUACUCAUGCUUUUGUUCAUGAUUACCACCUUUCGCUUUUUCAAAUUCGCACUGCUUUUUCCGUCUCAAGUACAUGAAAUAAGAAAGAAA